AGAAUAUAAAUCCUGAAGGCAAAUGCGAGUCACUUUUACUAUGGUUGUCCUUCGCGGGCCUCUUAUUUACAAAACUUGCCAUUGAUCAUUACUUCCCCUGCAGCAGUUGACUUAUGCGGCCCCCUUUUUCCUCCUCUUUUAAAUUUAUCUUUCAUUUUGAAAAUUCAAAUUUCAGUGCUCUAUUAUUGUUCUUCUACUCGCUCCCGAUCCAUCUCUCCAUUUCUCUACUCUGCUUUUGUUCUGUUUUCCCCCAUAAUCUCUGUCUGCUUUAUCCCCGAGCUUCCUCCGCCAUUUUGUUAUUAACAAGCGACUGUAAUUUACAAUGGGUCGGCCUAACAAUAUGUCUGAUUCUGAUUUUGAUGGGUUGGAUCAUGGUUGGAGGUCUCCUGAUUUUAGUUUUCAUUCAUCUAUGCCAUCUGGCAGCGUCGUACAUUUGCUUCAAGUUGACCACACCGGGCUUGCAGCUACCCGUGGCCACUGUUCCGGCGACAAGCAUGGUAAAGAUACUGGGCGUAUUUUCUCUGAUGAAAACAGUCCUUUUUAUUGUCGUUCUACAACUAAGUCAGCUCAAAAAGGACGAUAUGAUUCCUCAAACAGAGGUUUGUCAACGCCCAUGCUUACAAGAUCUGUAACUGAUUCUGUGAUUGUUGACGAAAUAAGUCCUGCUCAUGUGAUCUCAAACGAUAUUUUAUCAAAUGUUGACGAACAUAACAAUAUAUCUGAUUCUGAUGGGUUUUACCAUGGUUGGAGGUCUGCUGAUUUUAGUUUGGAUUCCUCUCUGCACUCUGGCACCGGUCUUGCAGCUGCUUGUGGUCACUGUUCCGACAGCAAGCAUGGUAGAACUCCUUUGUCUGAUGUUUCCAAUCAGUCAUUCUCGGCAUGUCGGCAGCGGAACAAUAUUUCUGACUCUGAUGGGUUAUACCAUGGCUGGAGGUCUGCUAUUUUAGUUUGGAUUCCUCUCUGCAAUCUGAACAAUCUUCAUGAACUCUGGUCCCUACUGAACUUUCUACUUCCGGAGAUUUUUAGUUCAUCAGAAACUUUUGAUGAAUGGUUUGCAAUCUCUGGGGAAAAUGACUUGGAAGAGGUCCUCCGUCCAUCCCUUAUGAGAAGGUUGAAGUCAGAUGUUGAGAAGGGCUUGACUCCGAAGGAGACAAUACUCAAGGUUGGUAUGUCCCAAAUGCAGAAGCAAUAGACUGGUGUCACGAGAAGCGACAUCGAGAAACUUUUAAUUAUGAGUUAGAAUCAAUUUUUUUUAACGUUGGUUCAAUGAACUUAUAAGUUAAGUUUUGUGAUUCUAAGAAGUUCAAAAUAUCAGCUUCUUUCAAGGACUUAUUUUGAAAUUUGAGUCAUGAAUAUGUAGACGGUCACUUUAAAAGAUAAC